AUGGGAAUAUUCCGUCCUGCUUUCCAAAACGUAGCGCAAGCACUGUCGGAUAUUGAUCUCAUCAUGGUAGAAGAAGGCUUUGAGCGGUUACUGUUGGAUUACGAUCGAUUGUUUAGUGCCAUGGCCGUUCCCGCCUGCCUUUGGAGAAGAACAGGUGAAAUAUUCAAAAGCAACAAGGAGUUUGCAUCUUUGGUGGGCGUCCCGGAGGAACAACUACAACACGGACAGACAUGCAUCUAUGAAAUCAUGACAGAAGAUUCGGUGGUUAAUUAUUGGGAGGAACGACGCUAA